AAAAAGUCAGAUUUAAUCAUUUCACUACCUUCCACCUUUCAUAAAUGAAAGUUGAUAUUGCUAAUUUAACAAAAAAAAAGUUGAUCAUUUAAAACUCAUAAAAAAUCAAGAGAGGGAGAGAGCGAGUGAUAUAAGCAGGUAAUUUUAAACUGGGUGUAAGCGUAAGCAUACCUUUUGUCUACAUGUCCAAGGCAAUUCUCAGACUCAUUAAACCCUUAAACCGCCCCCAACCUAGAAUCAAGUCGGCCGUUAAAAUUCUCAUCACUCCUCAAAUCAAGAAUUUGGCCAAUGAAGUUUGUGAAAUUCUCCGAAGUGAAGACAAACAGUGGGAAGAGUCCCUUCAGAAUCGUUUUAUUGGGGAUGAUAUUACUCCUUCUGAAGUUGCCCACCUAGUGUUCGACAAAAUUCGCGACUGCGAAUUGGGUCUCAAGUUCUAUGGUUUCAUCUCUCAUAACAGUUUUGACCUCGAUGGGUUCGCUUACUCCUCACUUUUGAAGCUCUUGGCUCGGUCCAGAGUCUUCGCAGAAAUCGACACCGUAUUGUUGGAGUGUUUGCAUUCUGAAGAGAAGCGGCCUACUCACGAGGCGUUAGGUAUUGUAAUCCGUGCGUGUGCGGAAUCUGGGUCUGUUUCUAAAGCUCUCGACUUGUAUUCUUAUCUGUUGAGGAACUACAACGCGCUGCCCCAGUUACCGGCAUGUAAUUCUUUGCUUAACGGGCUUGUGAAGGAAGGAAAGUUGGACGCUGCGUGGCGUGUGUAUGAGGAGAUGGUGAGGAGAGAUGAAGCCAGUGAGAUUAGUUGUUUGGACAAUUACAGUGUUUCUAUAAUGGUGAAGGGAUUGUGUAAAGAAGGAAAGGUUGAGAAAGGUAGAAGGUUGAUUGAGAAGAGGUGGGGAAGGAACUGCAUUCCGAAUAUUGUGUUCUAUAAUAUUCUCAUUGAUGGAUAUUGCAAGAGAGGUGAUCUCAAGAGGGCUCAUGAGCUUUUCGAAGAGUUGAAAGUGAAGAGUUUCUUUCCGAACCAGGAGACUUAUGGGGCUAUGAUUGAUGGAUUUUGCAAGAGAGGGGAGUUUGAGAAGGUUGAUCAAAUGUUAAAGGAAAUGGAGUCCAGCGGUAUUGAGGUGAAUACCGUAAUCUAUAACAAUGUUGUUGAUGGCAAAUGUAAAUAUAGCCUUGUUGGAGAAGCUUUCGAGACCUCAAGAAAGAUGAUGGAAGUAGGGUGCCCGUUGGACAUUGUGACGUAUAAUUCUUUGAUUUCUAAUGCUUGUAAAGAUGGGAAUGUGCUGGACGCGGAAAAGCUUUUGGAGGAGGUAAUCAAUCGCGGAUUGGUUCCCAAUAAGCUAAGCUUUACCCCUCUUAUACAUGCCUACUGCAGGGAGCGAAAUUUUGAGAGAGCAUCAUGUCUUCUUGUUGAGAUGACACGAAGUGGACAUAAGCCCGACUUGAUAACCUAUGGAGGUCUCAUUCAUGGCUUAGUUGUUGCUGGAGAAGUUGAGGCUGCUUUGACAAUCCGAAACAAUAUGGUGGAAAGGGGAGUGUCUCCCGAUGCAUGCAUUUACAAUGUGUUAAUUAACGGACUUUGCAAAAAGAGUAGGUUUGCUGAUGCAGAGCAGCUUCUCCAAGAGAUGCUUGGCUGUAAUGUGUCUCUCGAUGCAUAUGUUUAUGCCACUUUGGUUGAUGGAUAUAUAAGAAGUGGCAACUUUGAUGAUGCUGAAAAACUUUUUGACCUCAUAAUCAAAAGAGGUGUCGAUCCUGGGAUUGUAGGGUAUAAUGCUAUGAUUAAGGGCUACUGCAAGCUUGGGAAGAUAAAAGAUGCCGUUCUUUGCAUUAAUAAGAUGACUAGAAGAAACAUCUCUCCGGAUGAAUUUACAUAUUCUACAAUCAUUGAUGGAUUCAUAAAGCAGAAUGAUUUGCUUGGUGCAUUGACUGUAUUUGGCCUCGUCAUCAAACAGAAGUACACGCCAAAUGUUGUGAUGUAUACCUCAAUCAUCAGUGGCUUUUGUCGUUGUAGGCAUGUUUCUGGUGCAGAAAGGAUUCUCCGAGGAAUGCAAUCAAAUGGUGUGCCGCCUAAUGUUGUGACUUAUUCUGUAAUGAUAGGCAGCUGUUGCAAAGAGGGGAAACUUGCACAAGCAUCUUCCUUUUUCGAAGAAAUGAUGAUGAGCAAGUGUAAUCCCAAUGAUGUUACAUUUCAUUAUUUGGUGAACGGGCUAUCAAACAAUGCUGCUUCUAUUAUUCAGUCGACACAAGAUGGUUCUGAGUGGCAUAAGCCUAUGCUUCUUGAUAUCUUUGGGACAAUGGUGUGUGAUGGUUGGCAUCCCAUAUCUGCUGCGUACAGCUCGAUUGUCGCUUGUCUUUGUUUAAACAGGAUGCUUGGAACUGCGUUACAGCUGACUGAUAAGAUGUUGAAUAAAGGCUUCCCUCUAGACUCGGUGAGUUUGGCUGCUCUAUUACAUGGGGCUUGUUUAGUAGGGAAAUCUAAAGAAUGGAAUAGCAUGAUUACUUCCAAACCUAUUGAUGCAAAGCUUGAUGUUGCUUUGAAGUAUUUGACCAUAUUUGGGCGCUACUCGACUCAUGAACUGACUAAGGAGACCUCAGUGAUUUUGCAUUCCUUGCUACAAGAUUCAUGUCUAACGAAUGAAUUGGCAGGUUCUAGAAGUCUUAAUAAACAAUAGGAAACACUUCAAAGUCUGAGCAUGUGAUAUUUCUUGUGAUGGUGUACAGUUUUCUGGGAAUUUGAGGUUGAGAAACUCUACAUUCCAAGCUAUUUAUUUCGUGAUUUUGUUCUGUAUGGCUCACCGGAUUAUCAUAUUUCAAUGGGUGUAUGGCUUUCCUCCAUUUGGUAGCUAUUGUGGUUUAUAUCAGAAGCAACUGAGGCACCAACUACCAUGAUGUAUGCAGCAGCAACAUAUGAACAAGCAGAUAAUGAGGCGAACAUCCCAUUGUUCUAUUCGUUCAAAGAAGCAAUUAUGCGCCCUUACGUAACAUGUCAUCAUAAGUUUAUUGAUAGCAUACUUUUCGCUUCUACAUGACCUGCCUGUUGGCAUAUUGCUGUUCAUGGAGGAAUCUAACAGGUAAUAAAAUUGCAGGAAAUAGGCUGAUUCUCUCAUCAUACUUCCCUCAGCAGGCAACACUUUUCCAACAAGUGAGAAACUAUUAUCUCCAUAUUUCGUUCUGAACCAAGCCAUUUUCACCAGGAGAUACAGUAUGGUAUUUUCUUCGAAAGUAGGCAGUGUGGGAAAGGUGAAGCUACGGUUAUCUUGAUGUCGCACUAUCAAAUGAAUGGACUGUGGUGUUUUACUCUAAGAAUGGCCUGGGGGCAGAGUAGCUAUUGUUAGCAGGGUAUAUUUUUCCCUGGAGGUUGAUCUGAAAGAUUUUAUUACAUUGUAACAGAUCUAGAUGGAAACAUAAGCAGAUUUCAAGCUAAAAGUGCAAUUUUGAAUUGUUCUUAUUCAGAUUUUCAUAAUAUGUGUAGAACAUCUUGAAGAUUUUAUUCACUUUUACAUAUUAGGCUC